CGUGUUCCUUUUUCCUCAGGUUUCCAGCUUCCUGGUAGCUGAGAAACCCUAGCUCCUCAGAGGCCACCUUCCUCCGCGGCUCGCCGGUUGCCCCGGACACUCCUCCGGCAGAAGUCCCCCAGCUGUCGCGGCCGCUGCCCCGGCUGCACGCCUUCACCGGCGACAGACUCAUGGCUGAGCGCGGCGAACUCGAUCUGACCGGCGCCAAACAGAACACGGGAAUGUGGCUGGUCAAGGUUCCUAAAUACUUGUCACAGCAAUGGGCCAAAGCCCCUGGAAGAGGCGAAGUUGGAAAACUGCGAAUUGCCAAGAACCAAGGAAGGACUGAGGUGUCAUUUACUUUGAAUGAGGAUCUCGCAAAUAUUCAUGAUAUUGGCGGAAAACCAGCUUCAGUCAGUGCUCCUAGAGAACAUCCAUUUGUCUUGCAAAGUGUUGGAGGACAGACAUUAACAGUGUUUACUGAGAGCUCAUCAGAUAAACUUUCUUUGGAAGGAAUAGUGGUACAGAGAGCUGAAUGCCGACCUGCUGCCAGUGAAAACUACAUGAGAUUAAAGAGAUUGCAAAUAGAAGAAUCUUCUAAGCCUGUAAGACUAUCACAACAGCUGGACAAAGUUGUAACAACCAAUUACAAACCUGUCGCUAAUCAUCAAUACAACAUUGAAUAUGAAAGGAAGAAGAAAGAAGACGGAAAGCGAGCUCGAGCUGAUAAACAACAUGUUUUAGAUAUGCUGUUUUCAGCUUUUGAGAAGCAUCAAUAUUAUAAUCUUAAGGACUUGGUGGACAUCACAAAACAGCCUGUGGUGUACCUGAAGGAAAUCUUAAGAGAAAUUGGUAUUCAGAAUGUAAAAGGGACCCACAAAAACACAUGGGAGCUGAAGCCAGAAUACAGACAUUAUCAAGGAGAAGAAAAGAGUGAUUGAGAAGACCAUGCCAGUACGCCAGUGGAAAAACUAAGGGAAUGCUCCUGUACUGGCCUUGAGACGUGAAUACUUGAGCACCACCUAGUAAUAGGGGUUAAAUGACUGCUUCCUUAAUUUCUUUAGCUAAAUUUUUUAAACAAGGAAUUCUUGUAAAGUUUCUUAAGUGUUUUUUGAGAAGAAAGAACAGAUUUAUUUAUAGACUUGUAUUAAAUCAGAUUAUUCAUGAUGGGAAUAGAGGUUGUGAAAUUAAGAGAGUGUUUCUUUUAAAGUAUGAACUUUUAAACUGUAAAAUUAGGAAAUGUUUUCUAAGCGAGGACUCUUUCCUCACUGUAUCUCUGGGGAGCUGAAGUAUUACAGAUCCAGAGCAAAUGCAUCAUGAAAAAAAAAUAGUCAGCUACCGUUAAAAGGAAUAAAAAGCCAAAGUUGCUAUUUCUGAA